UCAUCAACCCUAUCCUCCGCCUUUCUCCGUUAAUAACCGUUACCCAAAGUUGUUGACAACGACGUCGAUUCACACCUAACGAGUAUUUCUACGUAGCAAAUCCGUCGUAAUCCACUUUCUCCUCUUCUUUCUCUUACCUUCUCCGAUUACUUUGUCUUUCCUUCUUUCCUUUCUCUCUCUAUUUGAAGAUGAGAGGGGAGAUGAAGGUUGUUGAUUUUUCACGGUGGUGAUUUUACUGGCCAGUGUCGAUUUUUUGUGAUGCUGGUGUUUUUCUCAUAAAGUUUGGAUUUUUUUUAUCUGGGUUCUGGGAAAAUGUGGGGUAGGUGGCGGUGGUGUGCUGGUGGGGGUUUUCUAAGGCAAAGGGUAUCUGCAAUUGGUAGUGUUAGUCAUGGUCAUAGGGAAAAGCUUCAUCCUUUUGAUCCUCCUUUGAUGUGUGGUGGAAGAAGGGGUGGUGGUGAAAUGACGCCCUUAUCUUUUCUGUUGAAUCAAAUAAAGAGGGGUGUAUCAACUUCAACUGGGGGUGGGGGUGUCAGUAAUGAUAAUGAAAGAGAAGAUUUUAUAUCAUUCUCGGAAGCCAAGAAGCUUAUGAGGUUGGUGAAUGUGGAGUCCCUCAAGAUGAAGCUUGGUAUGGAAGGGAAGGAAGUUAUUUGCUAUUCUGAGCUUCUUGAGGCCUGUGAGAGCAUGGGGAUUGCCAGGAGUCCUGAAGAGGCUGCAGCUUUUGCUAGGGUUCUUGAUGAGGCUGGGGUUGUUCUCCUCUUCCGGGACAAAGUGUAUUUGCAUCCUGAUAAGGUGGUGGAUCUGGUUCGCAGAGCCGUUCCGCUGGCACUGACUGCUGAGAACGAUCCUAUAAGGGAGGAGUUGAAGAUUCUGCAGGAGAAGAAAGAGGAAAUUGAUGUGUUGGCACAUAGGCAGGUGCGGCGCAUCCUCUGGUCUGGACUAGGAUUCAGCGUAGUGACAGUGAGCCUCUUUUUCAGGCUAACAUUCUGGGAAUUUUCAUGGGACGUAAUGGAGCCAAUUGCAUUUUUUACCACAACCACAGGGUUGGUCAUAGGCUAUGCAUACUUUUUGUUCACUUCAAGAGACCCUACUUACCAAGACUUGAUGAAGAGGCUUUUUCUUUCAAGGCAGAGGAAGCUUUUCAAGAGGCAUAAUUUUGACAUUGAGAGAUUCAAGGAGCUCCAGUGCAAGUGCAAAACACCUUUACAUGCUAGUACCGUUUUAAAAAAUCGCAUAGGGGUAGAACUGGAUCUUGAAGAUGCUUUACAUAGAGAUUAACAUUUUCAGGAGGAUUUGCAAUUCUUUAUACUAUAGUUAACUUUGUUCCCCUUGUUUUAGUGUUGGUGGGGAGAGAGAUUAAACUAACUAUAGUUUUGGCCUCUUAUUUGCCUCAUUUUCUUAACAAUGCAUGGAGAUUAUGUUCUA